AUGAAAACAAGUCGCAUGGACCCGCAAUAUCCGAAUUCCUUUCGCCAUAAAUUUUCUUUUGUUAAUGGAAUCACUUAUCACGAAGGUGAAGAAAGAAACGACGCUAUAAUAUUAUGUCAUGGGUUUCCAGACUUAUGGUAUGGCUGGCGUUAUCAAAUUCCUUUCCUAGUAUCCAAGGGUUUUAGGGUAAUCGCACCUGACCUUCGAGGAUAUGGUCAAACAGAAUCACCUCGAUGCCCACCUAACAGUCUUCAUCAAUACGGUUAUAAGAAUGUUUGCAAGGAUCUUAGAGAGAUAAUGGAUCAAUUGAAAAUUCAAAAGGCAAUUUUUAUGGCUUGGCGAAUGUGUAUUCAUCACCCAGAACGAGUUCGUGCCGUAAUUAGUAUUUGCACUCCUUACUUUCCACCUAAUGAUACGUUUAUCAGUGUUGAAACUUUGGCAGAAAUUUUUCCAAAUAUGCAAUAUCAGGUUUAUCUUUCUCAUCCAAAAGCUGAAAUUGAGCUAGACAAUGAUUUAGAAUCAUUUUUCAAAGUCAUUUAUCGUACUUCAAAACGAGAUGACCUUUUUAAAAUUUAUGAUGGAAAAUCUAUGACAGGAAUUUCGUUUGAAGGUAUAGAACGAAGCCCUUUGAUCACACAAAAGGAAUUGGAUUACUACAUCUCACAAUACAAAGUUCACCGGUUUCAUGGACCUUUGAAUUGGUAUAAGACUAGAAAAUUCAACUUUCAAGAUGAGAAAGGUGCCAGGAAGCAUAUAGAUCAUCAAGCUCUUAUGGCAAAUAUUUAUAUUACCCCCAACAUGGCCGAGGAUAUGCAUUUGUAUUGCAAGAAUUUGACCAAAAAACAUAUUGAAGAAGCAGGACAUUGGGUGAUGGUAGAACAAACAAAUCAGCUUCAUAAAUACAUUGAAGAAUUUUUAGAAAAUUUAAAGAAGAUUGAAGGGCAGUCUCAAGCGAUGCAAGAUUUCAGAAAAAUUCCUCAAAAUAAUUCAAAAUUUUGUGCUGUCUUUAUCACAAUUAUUGGGUUAGUAACUCACAAGCUUCUUUCGACAUCAUCAUCAGAUACCGAAGUUCCUCUAUUUUACCAGGACAGCGAAUCAGAUAAUGAGGAUGACAGAGAGAACGAACAAUUACUGAAAAGGUUGUGA